GCGGGGAUUCCGUGCUGCGCCUGAACGCACCAUGGCGGCCGCUCUCCCGCCGGCGGCUCCGCUGAACCCGCGGGCAGGAAGGGGUUAAGGAGGCUCUGAGCUCCGGAUCGAUGCCUCCUCUACACACGUCGCCAUGAACAAAUGAAUUCGCGGGGAAUUAAAUAUCAGUUUCACACAGGAGAACGAGUUCUUUGCUUUGAACCCGACCCCACCAAGGCGAAAGUGCUGUACGACGCCAAGGUCCUCGAUGUCUUGAUAAGUGCAGAUGAACAUGGAAGGCGAAUCCCAAAGUACCUGAUUCAUUUCAAUGGUUGGGCCAGAAGCUGGGAUCGUUGGGCUGCAGAAGAUCAUGUCCUAAGGGACACCGAGGAAACCCGUCAAUUACAACGUAAACUGGCUCGCAAAGCUCUAGGUCGCAUGAAGAGAAAGGGAUGGACGAAGAGGCGUCGUCGUCAGUCCGGCACUAAAUCCUCUCUGAAGACGCUCCCCAAAGAGGACGACAGCGAUGACGCUUGUUUGAUUUCAACCUCGGAGAGCAGCGAAGGGGACAACUCCGACCCUGAAUCCUCCAACAGCGGGGAGAGCACCUUCUCCGAGGACAUCAACAAAAUGAGGGUUGAGCCAGACAUCAGUGUGAAGAGGGAGUGUGAAGAGAAGAUCGUUCACGUGGACAUCAACAUCCCAGAUAUGUUGAAGAAGAAGCUGGAGGACGACUGCUUCUACAUCAACAAGAGGAAGAAGCUGGUCAUGGUCCCCUGUCAGACCAACGUGGUGCACAUCCUGGAGUCGUACGUCAAGCACUUUGCCAUCAACAAGGCGUUCAUGGCCAACGAGAGGUACCGGCGGCAGCAGAGCUCGGCUCAGAACAGCAGCCCGCAGCCCGUCCCGCCGGAGAAGAGUGAGGAGCUCUGCAAAGAAAUGGUGGAUGGCUUGAGAAUCACGUUCGACUUCACGUUACCCAUGAUCCUCCUGUACCCCUGCGAACAAGCCCAGUUCAAGAAGGUCAGCUCCUCCAGGCUCAUCCUGGCCGUGAAUGAAGUCUCCCCCUCCUCCAGCAACGUCCCCCGCGAGCGCAGCCCGAGCCCACCGGGGCACAACCCCCCCACCCCUCAGUCCACCGACAGCCAGCCGGCGCUGAGCGACAUAUCGGCCAUCACGCCCACCGCCCCGGCCCCCACCCCCAAGCGUCGCCGCCACCCCGACAUGGACUGCAUCUCCUACCAGUCGCAGUCGCUCCGACGCUCCACCAGGAACACGUCGGGGAGCGAGCGGCCGGCCGAAGGCAGCAGUGGAGGUGGGGGCAGCACUACAGCAUCACCGCAGCUCAAACGCCGCUCGGUUGACGCGUCAUCACAGCCCAAGUUCUUCCUCAGCCUCGACAGAAAAACCCCAGUCCACAGCGGCUCGUCUUCCCCGCUGCCCUUGACGCCGAGCAAAGAGCGGAGCGGGCCCUUCUACGGGCUGGAGAGCCGCAGAAACAACGAGCUUAAUGAGGUUCUGAGUUGGAAGCUGACUCCCGAUAACUACCCCCUGAAGGACCAGCCCCCCCCGCCCUCGUACCUGUAUGGAUCCCAGCACCUCCUACGGCUCUUUGUGAAGCUUCCCGAGAUCCUGGGGAAAAUGCAGAUACCUGAGAGGAAUCUCCGAGCCUUGAUCAAACACCUGGAGCUCUUUCUCAGGUUUCUGGCCGAGUUCCACGAGGACUUUUUCCCCGAGUCGGCCUACGUGUCGGCAUCAGAGGCCCACUACAGCAUGAAACAGCCCAGGCCGGUGUACUGAGGCUGAGCGGGCCUCUCCAUCCCUCUCCAUCCCUCUCCAUCCCUCUCCCGUCUCUCCUUUGACCUAAAUCCCCGCAGCUCGUCUGGAGCGGCGCUCAGAGGAAUAACUGCCAGCUUUUCCCUUUUUUUUUUUCCCAAAUCCAGCUGCGUUGUCUGUCCUUUCGCUUCUCCUCCUCGGAUUUUCUUGCUGUUGUGGACCCAGUUGCUCCCCGUCAUCCCGCUAACCUCGUCCCUGCUCUUAGUUCCUGCAUGUGCUGCUUGGCCUCAGAUUCCCGCUCCGGCUCCGGCUCCGGCGUGUGUCGGCUACCUUUUUACUAGGCCUUCAAAACACUGACUCUUCGGAGACAUGUGCUACUAACCCUCCUUGUUGUUGAGGUCGUGACCUGCUCACGCUUUUUUUGAAGACUGCUCUGACUGACCUCGUCCUUCUUCUGAGCCGCAGUUUGGGAAUAUUUUGGGAUAUUCAUCAAAAGGACGGGAACGCGGUCCAACUCGAUCUGUGUUGUUUGUUUUUUUUUUUAAGUGACUUCCUGCACUUCACGAGCAGCAGAAGGACUUCCCGUUCUGUGAGAAAUUCAGACUGUUCAACACAUUUCAGUCAUGAAUGUUCAAUAAAAGUUUGAAUCGGUGAGGUUCAUUCGGUGA